AUGGUGGACCAGGCGUUCACUCUGGAUCAGAAGCUCUUCAUCAAGCCACAUCCUCCCGUGGAUGUGGCGGCGUUGAACGAGGCCGAAGUCACCGACGUCGUCGUCAAUGCCUUCCUCCUCACCGCUGCGGGGGGUGUCAUUGGCGUCGCUGCUGCCUACGGUGCGAAGGGCGUCCUUGUCUCUAUAGCGUUUGCUACAGCGUCUCGCGUACUUCAUGUUCGAUUCUCCAAGAACAGACAGAAGUCCAAGUCUCGCGGGAAGAGCACCACCAACGGCCACCAGGCACCUCUGCGCGGGCGCGAGGUACUGCGCAGGAAGAUCCUGUGCCAUUCCGAUUAUUGCAAGGUGGCCUUCGAUAUGCAUCGCUUGGCCACAGCGUUGUUCCAGGACUACGGGCUCAAAGUGACUCAGGCUAUUGACCUACAGUCUGUCCUGCCCAAGAAGACGGGCCGUCAGUCCAUCGACACCUUACUCAGAGUGUUGGGAGGCGAGACGACGCUGCGGAAGCACGAAGUCUUGAAGGCUUUCAUUGGAGCAGGGUACGACUCUGGAGAUGCCCCUAAUGUGUCUCUACGUGCCUGGGCUUCUCGUCAAGCAGCUUCUAUUGGCUCUUUGGCUAAGAACUUGCUGCAAGUCCCUGGGAUCAACACGCUCGACUUCGAUGAACAGAUUCUCACUCUUCUGUCGAAGUUCAUGCGCGACGCGGAUCGGCUGUAUGCGCUGAAGCCGACCAAAGUGAAGAACGACGUCAAAGCGGAGUUCAGCCAGAAGAGUGGUGCGCUCAACGUGGAGUGUACGCGCUUCAAGACACACAUCAGAACAUCCACCAACCAGACACUUGUAGUAAAGAUGUCCUCGAAGGGCGUGUCUCUUGCGCCAUCUAAUGGCCGUGCCGUCAGCGUCAACGGAAAGUCUGCCACCAUCGCCGUGAACUCAGCUGUCGCUGCGACUGCUAAGAUCCAGUCCAUAUACACGAUCGGCAGAGAAGACCCCACUCCUGCUGAAGAAGAACGCACACGCGCAACCUUAUCUAUCCUUCAAGGAACGUCAAGCUUGUUCCAGCUGCCCCUUGUCACGAAGAUGUUUUUCCCCAGAUCGAAGACGGUCAAGCGCGCGAAGCAAACUAUCCCAGUUAUUACUCUAGACAAACGCGAGCUGAACAGGUCACAGGCGGAAGCGGUAGUACGCAUCAACUCUACGCACGACCAGGAUAUGAUCUGCCUUGUGCACGGUCCGCCUGGCACAGGGAAGACCACCGUUAUCGCUGCCUGUGCCACUAAUCCGCCGACCGACCGCUGUGCUGGCAUUUGGCUAGUGGCACAGUCUAAUGUCGCCGUCAAGAACAUUGCCGAGAAGCUCGCAGACGUCGGUUUUCUCGACUUCAAGCUGUUGGUAUCCUGGGACUUCCACUUCGAUUGGCACGAACAUCUAUACAAGCAGAUCGAACACAAUGUCAUACGUUCAGAUGACUUUGCAGACAACGUGGUGGGCACAUCGCGCCUGCUUCUUGAUUCGAAGGUUAUCCUGUGCACGCUGAGUAUGUUCAGCCACCCUCGCUUGAUGACUGCCGGCUUCACGCGCCUCGUGCCCGUCGAGACCGUCAUCAUCGACGAAGCGAGCCAGAUCGAGCUCGGCGGCUAUAUGCCCUUGCUGAGCAAGUUCGGAAGUGGCAUUAAGAAGCUGGUGUUCAUCGGUGAUAACAAGCAGCUGGCCCCGUAUGGCCAAGACGAUCUCGGCGACCUUCCAAGCAUAUUCGAGAUGGAACAUCUGCGCAAGGACGCUGUCUUUUUGGACACGCAAUACCGUAUGCCCGGGGCCAUCGGUUCAUUCAUCUCGAACCGCGUCUACGGCGGACGCCUGAAGACCUCGCACGGCAUCACCUCUCACGGCGCGUGCCGUCUUGUCGACGUGCACGACGGGCAGGAACAGCAGGAUGGCUAUAGCUGGGUGAAUAAGCGCGAGGCCGAGGCGGCGGUCCACGUCGCGAAGCGGCUGCACGCGCAGGGGAAGGCGUUCCGCAUCAUCACGCCGUAUGACCCGCAGCGCAACCUGCUCGAGCGACUCCUGAAGCAGUCGCAGAUACCCUGGGAGAACCGGUGCUUCAACGUCGACUCGUUCCAAGGCAACGAAGAGGAGAACAUCAUCAUCUCGGUCGUGCGCACGGCGAAGGUCGGGUUCCUGAGCAACGACCGGCGCACGAACGUGAUGCUCUCGCGGUGCAAGCAGAGCAUGAUCAUUUGCACGAGCCGCGCGUUCGUGCGCGGCGUCGCCGCGGGCUCGCUCGUCGGCCAGCUCGGCGCGGAGUGGGAUGCGCGGAAGCAGCAGUGGCUCAGCUGGCACGACGUCGUUGCGGGGCGGUUCUAA